AUGCAGGAAGCGCUCAUCUCUCCGGCCAACGCCGACCGCCUCCGCUCGGCCUUCGAGCUCAAGCCGUACGGAUUCGGGGACCAGCGCCUCUCCUCCUCGCCGCGCUACCUCCCGGGCGGCGACGACGGCCUCUACCGCUGCUCCUCCCCCUUCAGCCCCAGCCUGGGCUUCUCCUCGCCGUCGCCGCUCGCCACGUCCGUCUCGCUCUCGCCGUCCUCGUCCGCCUCCCUCGUCGACGACGGGGACUACGACGGCGCGGCCGCCGCCGACGCCACCGGCCACAGGCUCCAGCUCGCGCGGCUCGCGCUGCAGUACCAGGAGGUGGCCGAUCGCUACGAGCUCUGCCUCUCCCACCUCGCCGAGGCCGUCGACGAGGCGGCGAUCCUCCGCCGCGAGAACGCCGAGCUCCGCGUGGCCAACAGCGACCUCGCGCGCCGCGUCGCGCUGCUCGGUGGCAAGGAGACCGCCGCCGUCGUCAUCGCUGACGAGAUACGCCGGUUCCGCCUCGGCGAGCACAAGGGUGCUUCCAAGCAGCGCGCGCCCGAGAAGCUCGCCGUGCUGCCGAAGAGCAUCUCCGUCCGUUCGAAUGACUACCUCAAGAUGAACCAGGCCGCCCCGGCAGCCGCCACGCCGGCGGCGUACAACCGCAAGCCGAGCUCGGUGAGUCCCUGCUCCCGUCUCGCCAAUUCCGCGUACUCUCUUCCUCUCGAACUGGCAUUUGACAUUGUGGAUCGGCAGCAGCGCGCGUACUCCGGACUGGGAGCGGACGGCGGCAAGAAAGGCGAGGAGCAGAAGAGCAAGCAGGACGCGGCGGGGGAGCUGGACGUGUACAACCAGGGCAUGUUCAAGACGGAGCUGUGCAACAAGUGGGAGGAGACGGGGGCGUGCCCCUACGGCGACCAGUGCCAGUUCGCGCACGGCGUCUCCGAGCUGCGCCCCGUCAUCCGCCACCCGCGGUACAAGACCGAGGUCUGCCGCAUGGUGCUCAACGGCGAGGUCUGCCCCUACGGCCACCGCUGCCACUUCCGCCACUCGCUCACCGCCGCCGAGCGCCUCCUCCGCAGCCGUUGA